AUGCGCGCUCCCGUCCCCAAAGCAUCAAACUAUGCCGGUCACCCCAGCCAGCGUGCUACCCGCCAUCCCUCUGGUUUGAGCCUCACCAAUGAUCUCAGUGCCCCAGGAGGCACCCGAGGAACCAAAGCCAGAGGAAAAGGGGAUGACCAAGCCAUGGACAACAGCUCCAAGGUUGAUGUGAAUAAUAGUCUUGUGCCACCGAGGCCUGGGAGCUACUCCCUCAGAUGCCCCAAGUGUGCUGAACUUAAGCUACCUCAUGAGAACGCAGCUUUCUGCACACUGGAUUGUUUUAGGGUAGCAUGGAGCUCUCACAAAUCUAUUCACCCAAAGCCUGGUGCACUGGCAUCCCAGCAGUCUCCAGAAGGAUGGAAAUAUUAUGUGAGAAAAGGGCGGGGACGUGCAUUGGAACUUCCUCGUUUUGAUUGGACAGGUCCAUUGAGACCAUAUCCAAUAUCAAAGAUGCGUGUGGUGCCAGAUGAAAUUGAGAAGCCUGAUUGGGCGCUUGAUGGAAUUCCCAAGAUAGAACCAGAUAGUGAUUUGCAGAAAAGAGUAGAGAUUAAGACCCCUGAACUCAUAGAAAGGAUGAGAGAAACAUGUCGAAUUGCAAGAGAGGUUUUAGAUGCAGCUGCUCGUGUAAUUAAACCAGGAAUUACAACAGAUGAAAUUGAUAGAGUUGUCCAUGAAGAGACAAUUGCUAGAGGUGGAUACCCAUCUCCAUUGAAUUACCAUUUCUUCCCCAGGUCAUGUUGCACGUCUGUCAACGAAGUCAUUUGCCAUGGAAUUCCAGAUGCCAGGUCCUACUUGAAUUUGCACAUUAAAUUGAUCUUUCAUUUGUCUAGUGAUAAUGACCUCUCCAAUGCCUUUCUUGAGCGUUGCUUUGGCCAUUGUUGA